AUGUUCUCAAGCACUAAGAUGGGGAAAACGAAGGAAGCUAAUGAUUCGAAACGAAAAAGAAAACGUGUUGCAGUGGAAUCAAGCAGCGACGAUGAUGAGAGUGAACAAGACUUAGAGGAGGAAUUGAAGUCACUCGCUAAACGUUCGAGACCAGCGAACGAUAGUAACGCCAAGCCACAGCGAUCAGGAGAUUCAGACAGUGACUUGGACUCAUCGGAGGGAAGUGAUGAUGAGUGGACAAUGGAUUCUGAGAAUAGUAAAGGAAAGGCUGCAAAGGCUAAGGACAAGAAAAAAGCCAAAAAAGCUUCAUCAUCGGGUUCUUCAUCAGAAGAAAGUGGUGAAACAUCCUCUGGUGAGUCAUCGUCAUCAUCAUCAUCCUCAGAGGAUGAAGAGGAAGAGCAGUAUCAUGAUGAUUGGGAUGACAACCUAAUGGGAGAUGAAGCAGAUAGGGCAAGACUUGAAAAGAUGACAGAGAAAGAGCGAGAGCAGGAGAUUUUCAACCGUGUUGAGAAAAGAGAAGCUCUUAAGACUCGAUUUGAAAUUGAAAGAAAACUCCGUCUUGCUAAAAGAAAGGAGAAGAAGAAGAAACGAGAGAAGGAAAAAGCAAAUCUUGAGAAGGAAGGAAUAGCUUUGCGGAAAAAAGAGCGAAAGAGACACAUUGAAGAGAAGAAAGCAAAAGCUUUGGAUGAUCUAAAGGCAAAGAGAUCUGAGAAGAAAGAGAAGAAAGUUGCAGAAUCUCUAGCGGACCAAAAAGCACCACAGUUUAAGACUAGUGAUGUGUUUACUGACGAUGAAGAUGACGAUGAGCAGGAGGAAAGCAAGUCAAGUUCGGGGGAAGGAUCAUACCAAGAAUCUGAUGAAGAGCAAGGCGAGGCACAACCUCAAAGGGUGUCAGCUUUGGGAGAUCUGGAGAGGAUAAGAAUAUCACGGCACAAGCUUGAAAGAUGGGUACACAUGCCCUUCUUUGGCAAGAUAGUGAUUGGCUGUUAUGUCCGCGUUGGUAUCGGAAAUCAUGAUGCAAGACCUGUUUAUAGGGUAGCAGAGAUAAGAGAUGUGGUGGAAACAGCCAAGAUAUACUCUUUGGGAAGUACAAAAACAAAUAAAGGAUUGAAGUUGAAACAUGGCAACCAGGAAAGGGUGUUUAGAUUAGAGUUUGUGUCAAAUCAGAGAUUCACAGAAACGGAAUUUGCCAGGUGGAAAGAAGAGUGUGAAUCUCAUGACAUUCCUUUACCAACACUUGAGGAGGUGGACACCAAAGCUAAACAAUUCAAUGAAGCACAGCAUUACAUGUAUAAUGAAGAGGAUAUUGACAAGAUUGUUGCAGAGAAACAGAAAUUCAGGAAAACACCCUUUAAUUAUGCUCAGAAGAAGAAUCAUUUAAUGCGAUCAAAGGAAAUAGCAGAACAGAAGGGGAACUUGGAAGAAGCAGAAAAAUUGCGUGGUGAAUUGGAUGACUUGGAAGAGAAAGCACAACAACUUGACAAAGUGCGGUCUAAAAACCUUAGUGCUAUCAGUUAUAUCAAUGAAAGAAACAGAAAGAGGAAUAUUGUGGAGGCUGAAAAAGCUGCAGCUGAAGAAAUGAAUGUGGAACAAAAAGCUGAUCCAUUCACAAGACGGAAAACCCUUCCUCAACUUGUGUCUAUGGCUAAUAGAACCAUUCCAAGUUCUGUUACACAAGCACAAAAUGGAGCGAAUACUGAAGGGGCAGCUUCUUCUUCGAUGCCCCAAUCCACCAGCACUGAUGGAGCUUCAUCAUCAAGCCAACCAACUGAAACAGCUGAUGUGUCAGAUAUAGAAAGACUUUCACAAAUGCCAUUGGCUGGAGCAGCACCUCAUCCUCCUGAGGGGAAACCUUCUCAGUCAGAGGAUCUGUUUUCGGCACACAACUUCGACAUCACAAUCAAUCUCGACAUUCCUGCCCCUGGAACAGAGUCUCGUCCAGUGGUAGUAACUCCAAGACCUGCCAACACCGAAAGGGAUGGAGCACCUAGGAGAUCACUAAACCUUGAAGACUACAAGAAGCGAAGAGGACUGAUAUGAACUUUGAGGAUGACUGGCUGAACUAGCUGUUAAAUUGCAACUGACCUUGAAUUUUUUUUUACUAGUUGGAUUUGUAGUACAGAAGGAAGUGUUUGGACAGUGCAUGUUUCAUUGCAGGAAAGAUAAUGGUGCUUCAGGGCCUGUUUUUGUUGAAGAAAAGGAGAGGAGGAAUUUUGGUUUGACUAUUCAUUUUCCUCCAUUUGAGCCAAGGAGUUAAGCUCAUCUGUUUCUGUCAACAAAUUCACUCAAAUCAGCACAUUGCAUUAAUUAUGAAAGAUAUGAAAAACCUGGAAAAUGUACAAAAAAAACAUCAAAUCAGACACUGCACAAGAAAACAUGCAACAACUGCUGUCUAAUACUGAAACUUGCAUGGAAGAAUAGUCAAAUGGCUCUUUGAAAGAAGCAAAAAGUGUUUGUGGACUUUUUUUGUAGAAUCUUUUUAAAAAAAAAAUGAUAGAUCCUAGGAGAGAAAAAGGGAAAUUAUAAAUAGCACCUUUGUCACUGACAGUAACUUUGAAUUUUAUGCCUUUAUAUGUUUAUCAGUACUUUGAAGUGAUAAAGUUUCUUAAGUUUUAGAGAGCUCUGAAAAGGAAUUGACAACCCAUGACUACAGCCCAUAGAAGUUACUGAUUGCUUUGUGUUCUUUGUUAUUUUUACCAUCUUUUGGCCUCAGUUAUGACAGUGGACUAUUUUACUUGUUGACAAAAUUUACAUGGGCAGUAGUUGGCCUCAGGGCAAAUUGUGAUCUGUUGAACCAACAGUUGGUUUUGUUUCUCCUCAGUUUCUCUCAGUUAUCUCUUUCACUCUGUCUGUAAUUUCAAAAAGAGAAUCUUAUUCUUUGGAAAGCGAAACAAAUCUUUGUGAUAAUUGUAAGAGUCAGACUGAGCCUCUACCAACACAAGAUCAUGUGCAAAUGCAAGUUGAGUGUUUGUUUAAAACCUUUUUCACUGCAUGUCAGUUACUCUGAGUAGAAGAAUCACUCCUUGGAUGUUGUUUCAAGACAAAUUGGAGAUAAGCACACCAUUAACCGCCAACCACAAGCACUUUUCCCAUGCAAUGUUAAAAUUAGUUUGUAACAUUUACUAUUCUACAAAGUAAGGAUCAACAUGAUAUAGAGUAGAGAUAGUAGAAAUAAUGCUAUGAUAUGCACUCACAUAACGUGCAUUUACUUUCCUUUUUUUGUUGUUUUUUUGUUCUUAUUCAAGUCUACCAGUGGGAAACAGUGUUAAUUUUGCAAUCUUUAGUUGUUCUUGAAUGUUACGCUCCUUAUGCACAUUGCAGGAAAUGGUAUGAAAACACUGAUGUCAUUGUUAGAAAAGUGUUUUAUUCUAGGUUGGUGUGCUCCAGUUGGUCACAGGCUGCAAUUAGCCUUGUAGAAUUUUUAAGGUAGAAAUCUUUCAAAUAGAAGGAAAUCACAGUGAAUAUUUUUUUCAUGAGGCUUGAAAUUCUCAAAACUAACAUUGAGAAUCAAUAAGUUGACCUCGAUCCUACAUUUGUGCAUAAACAUAAUUUCAUGGGUUAAGUCUUCUCCCACUCCUUGAAAGUUUUGUUAGAUAUCUUUUGUAUUGGCAAAUGUUUUCUCUCCUGUUGUAAUUUUUGUAAAUAAUUAGUCUUGACUACUUGGAAUCAUGUUUGUGUAUUCAUCACCAGUGUGGGAAAAGUGUGAUUUUAGUCAAUCUUCAACUUUGUAUUAUAAUGUUUCAUUCUGAUGCAGUGACAUAAUUUUGUGUUUGUAGAAAUCUUUUUAAGUUCCAAAUGUUGCUCAUUAAAAUGCAAUUAGGGAAUGUA